AUGUAUGGACGAGCUCCAAGAGUGACCUUCGUGUCAACUGACGCUACAUCAUCCGCUGUUGGCCCCGGAUCCUACAAUGUCAGCCAGCGCGGCUACACCAUAGGAGAUGGCUAUGCUCCCUUCUUGUCCAUGACCGACAGGCAGUCAUUAUUACCAAAGUCCAGUGAGGGGAUACCAGGACCUGGACAGUAUGACUCCUUACCUGUCAAGCUAAACGUCCAUGGUGGCUGCAGUCUUCAGAACCGCUCCAAGCGUUUUGAGGAUGAUGCAUCAGAGGUUCCUGGCCCCGGGGCCUAUAAUGUGUUGCCUGCCUUAGAAAAUACGGUCAGGGUCGUGACGGCUAAUGUCGGACAGCCUGAGAAGAUCGGCAGGAAAAUGGCUAAAAGUCUCCGGCUGGUUCGUCAGUCAGAUACCCCAUCCAUUCCUUCCCCGGGCCAGGCCUUUGGCUACGAGGAGGAUGCCCUGGGUGUGCUCCGCAAGCAAAAGCCCCCUCCUAGGGACACAACCCUGGGGCCGGCCUACUACAAUCCACCGCUGUCAGAGGUGAGUUCUGCACAGAAGUAUAAAGGGGUUCACUUUGGCAACAUGACCGGGAGGAGAGGUGAGGUUCUGGUGAAGGGUGGACCAGGUCCAGGAGAAUAUAACCCUGAGAUAGUUACAGAAACACACUAUGAGAAUGUGAACCUUCAAAGGGACCAGAGAGGUCGAGCUGAGCUUAUCAUCCCUCGCUACCAUGAACUGGUCCCCAAGCAAGAGGAAAAGAAGGGAGUUCCUGGUCCAGGCCAGUACCACAUCAGAAGUCAGUUUGAGAAGCCUGUCAAGCCCAGUGGCAACCUAUCGAAGUUCACUUGUCCCUUCCUCUCACAAGCUGAGAGGUUCAGCCCCAUGAAAGAAGUGUCGCCCCCUGUUGGUGCGUAUAAUGACCCGCGCUGUGCCCUAGAGCUGCUGAAUAGGACCACAGGAGUGAAGAAAAGCCCAUUUGGCAUCACUGCGGUGCGUUUUUCUCCAAAACACAAAAAAGUCUCCACACCAGGUCCAGGUUCCUACAAUGUGUUUGAGCAGGGUUUAGCCCGUGAGAGUUUUAAAAAGGCGGUUUUAGAGAAAACCAGGAAAGGAGGCUUUGGCUCCACCACUAAACGCGGCUCUGUUUUCCACAACAAGGAAUCAAUAGCGGCACCAAGUCCAGGACAGUAUGAGCCGGAGAAGAAGACAGAGGAGAGCUACAAAAAACAGCAAACCGCCAUUUUCAAAUCAGCCACCAGACGCCUGGUGUCACCACUACUGGCUAAAGACUCCCCUCCACCCAACAGUUACAAUGUGAGUCAGACAUUUGAGAAGGUUAAUGGCCACUUUUACUCAGAACCCCGAAGUGAAGGAGCUAAGAAACGUCAGAGCUGCUUCCUCUCUGCCGCACCGCGAGAUAAUUUCUUCCUGCGAUGUGACCCCAGCGUACCAGGCCCGGGCCAUUACAAUCCCAAUGUGAAAUCCCUCCCAAAGAUGGCUUUGAUCUCUUCCAGAGUGGAUCGAUUCAAAGUCUCCAUGAACACCAACCCUGGCCCUGGCACUCACCAGUUGAGUCCAGGUCUAAUGAACACAGUCCUGAAGGGCACCUUCAACGUGACGCUCAACAACCCUCUGAGUCCCUCCUGUUCUCCCCGUUUGGUCACUGGGCCUUUAACAGCCCACAAGACCAUUAACGCUGUCGCACCCAACGCCUUCAUCGCCGCCAGGACGUCUUAGAGCACUUUAUGGGUCAAAGUUUGGAGGUGAAAGGCACCGGCUUGGAAGAAAACCUACAAUGAACCUUGCCUCCACAGUCGAUUGUUCCCUCCUUCUCUACACACG